AUGUCGUCUGAAAAAGUCGCUGGCUAUGUUCAGUGCGUCGUUGGCAUUAUAUUUGGUGUUGUCACAGGAGGCGCAUCAAUAUAUGUCACGAUCGCGAUGGAGCUCCUUCAAGUCGCUGUGCCAUACGUUCUGGUAACUCUCGGUCUUCAGCGCCGACCUCCAAAAGGUGGUGUCGACAAAGCGAUGGCGGAAGCAGAGAGUGUCGAAGCGGAGGUCAUGAAGAAACCCAGUAAGCAGCAACGAUCUUUCCGUGCACUUUUUAUUGGCAUUGAUUAUAAAGGAACUCCAGCUGAGCUCCGGGGGUGUCAGGCUGACGCGGUGAUGAUGGCCGGCACAAUGGAAAAAAUUGGCAUUCCGAUUACUGAGAGGUGCGUCCUUAUGGAUACCGACGACCCCAGGUUUAACGCCAUCAAGCCCACACGAGCGAACAUCUUGCAGCACAUGGCAUGGCUUGUUAAGGACGCGAAGCCUGGCGAUGCCCUUUUUCUUCACUAUUCCGGUUACGGUGCACAGGUGCGUGCGGAGGAGGAUAAAGAGGAGGAGUUCGAUCAGUGCAUUGUGCCCUGUGACUACGAAGAAAAUGGUUGCAUACUGGAUAAUGAGCUUCACGAAAUCAUAUCAACACUACCAAGGGGAGUCCGUCUGACAGCCGUGUUCGACUGUUCGCACGCGGGGACGCUCCUUGACCUUCCGUUCAGUCUCAUUUGCAGCAGCAACGACUGCUCUGCAGUGGGUGAAAUGAAACGCAUCCGCACAGGUGGUGAUGUUAAUGCCCAUGUACUCAUGUUUUCCGCCUGUGGAGACGACGAGGCAGCUGCUGACUUGCCCAAUGCUGGAGACUUCGUGGAAGGCGCCUCUGGCUCCGGUGGUGCCGCCACACAGUGCUUCAUUUCCAUGUUGUUAAACAAGACACCAGGAACUAUCUACAGCCUCCUCUCAACAACACGUGAUAAACUGAGGGAAAAGGGAUUCAAACAGUCGCCGCAAAUGAGUGCGUCGAGGUGCCUCAGCCUAACCGAGAAGUUUACGUUAACCGAGCUUUUCUCGGUGGCCGAACCGUGCCCUAAUAUCCUAACUGGAGAACCGCGUUGGAAAACCACCCCUCUUGGUGGAAAAUAA